UCUAGAUUAUUUGUGACUGUUCAUACUCAUCAUUUACUGUCUUACUUGACUCUUUAUACAACCACCACCACCACCACCACCACUACUACUACUCCAUUUGAACUAUAUAUCCACCCAGACUAGUAACCAGUGCUACCAACAAAACCAUACACUUCCUUCCUCAAGCAUUUCGAAAAAAUACAACCGAAACCAUGCCUGAAUCAGUCAAGUCCACUUCCACCUUCGACGACGCCUCGUCUAGCUAUAGCGUCUCCUCUACCGCAUCAACAUUGAAAGACCUCAAAGCCACGAGCAAGAAGUGGCUACCUAGCAAGGAGAAGAAGGAGGAGACCAAGUCAGCUUCGCCUAAGCCUGCCUCGCCUAAGCCUGCCAAAGAAAAGAGCCGUGCCCCGUCCACCAACUACACGACUCUCGCGACGUACUUGUCUUUGAAAUGAACGCCUAUCUGCAGUUGGGUGCUGGACAUACAACAUGGAUGAGGAGGAAAGAGGACUUUAAUUAUAACGAGGAUAUGCGCGUGCUUUAUAUAGACUUUGUUCAUUCGCUGGGUCUGUGCUAUGAUAAUGGCGUCGGAGUUGGAUAAAAGCUGCUUUGAUGAUUUUGUUGCUACAUGACUGGGGAAGACUUGCUUGUGGAUUCACAGACCUAAUCGGACGCUUAAUUCUUGUCAUCACUUUUUGUAAUCAGAAUAAUUAUCAUUGCUUCGUCUAAACUGUCAUCGUUUGUACUGUUGUAUAGAUCUAGGGUCCGCACACCCACUAGUGCUACAAAGGGCCAUUAAUUAAUCGGGAC